CAGUCGUUUACUCGUCCGGUAUGGCGUCGGUUGUGUCGGUCGUACGGCCCAACGCCGGUUAUUAUGUGCAACGUGCGCGCGCGUCCGUUUAAUCAUGUUUCCCGACUCGUUGUCAUAAUUAAACCGGAUUAAUAUUUUUAUAAAAUUUAUUCACCUAUUUACUGUUCAGAUUCAAUUAAAUUUCCGCCGCGAACGACAACGAUGCGGCCACGGCGGUGGUGUUGCUGGUGGACGUUUGUAGUGGCCGGCAGUUUGCUGGUGGCCGGCGACCACCUGGGCAGAGCGGCCGCGUCCAACACGUUUAUAGACGAAAACACCAAUCUGGCCAGUGAUUUUUUAACUGAUGACGGAGAACCGGCGCCCAACAUAGACGAGUACAGCAGCAUUUCGAAUUACGAUGAAUACGACACGGACACGAAUUCUUCAGCCCCUUACGACACCGAAAACGCCGAGGUACUCGCGCCCAAAGGAAACAGAUCAAGCGUUUUACACUUUGUCCGACAGUUGGCCAACAUGACUCGAGAUUCGGGCGCUUCGGUGAAGCUGCGAUGCGAGGUGACCGGCGAACCUCCGCCGUUGCGUAUCCAAUGGUACAUGAACGAGGUGCCUGUGGGCAACGAACCGGCCGGCAACGGUGGCGAUAAAAAAUCGAAGCCCAGGCUGUCCGUUAAACGGUACUCGCCCAGGCACAAAAACGCCGCCGUCGGGUCGCGGUUGAGGAUCAACAAGUUGGAAGUGCACGACACGGGAUUUUUCACUUGCGAGGCGUCCAACGGUAUCGAAAAGAUCCAAUCCACCGCCAUUCUGGUGGUCAAAAUGAACCCGUUCAGUCCUGACGAAUCCAACAUGGACAUUCCACAAUUUGGAUUUUCCAACCAACAGGUUCCAGUAAUGUUAGACGGAGACACGAAAGGCAAUACACAACUCGGUGGACUGACGGAACAGCGUAAUCCGUUGGAAAGCAUUCCGGAACUCAGCCAAAUACUAUCUUAUCCCAUUUGUCAAGUUUACCAAGGAUCACAUUGUUCGAAAUAUCUUCAAGGGAAAAGUGUGUUUAUUUCGUCAAAUACAUCGCAAGCUCUUAUCGAAGGAAAUUUAACGUCGGCAUUCAAGGUAAUCUCUCAUUCUAGCGAUCUCACUCCUGGCUGUGAGAAAUAUGCACAUCGUUCCAUUUGCCACACUGCGUAUCCCCUGUGUAGGAAAGACAGAGCUACACCAAAACCAAUGCUAAUAUGUCAAGAGGAUUGUGAACUUCUCGAAAAUGAAAUAUGUAGCCAAGAGUACGCCAUUGCUAAAAAACAUCAUUUACUCGGACGCGUUGUGCCUCUACCUACCUGCUCGUCAUUGCCGAAAACAAAUUGUUUCGAACUUGGCAUUGAGAAACCCGAAGUGAACGAAGACGAAAAGUGUUAUUGGGGACUAGGCAAUACGUAUCGAGGAACAAUGUCAUCGUAUCAAAACCUCACGUGUGUCCGAUGGAGUCAACAGUUACUGGUUAAAACAGCCGACUACAAAGAACUGCAAGGUGGACACCACUACUGCCGUAAUCCCGGCAGCGAAGAGUCCGAACCUUGGUGUGUCGUAGAAAUGCCUGAUACUGGACUUAUGAAAAAAGUCAUCUGUGAAGUCCCGCACUGCAUGAGAACCCUUCAACUACCUAUUUUCAUUGUAAGCACUGUCAGCAUUACCUUGUUCAUUGUGCUGUUGGUUAUGGUGAUCUGUUGUAUCCGGAGACGAAGAAAACGUCAGAAUUCAGCCAUACGUCGUAGAUUACCUCCGUACACUAAUCAAAAGCAAGAUAUCGUAAAAGGGAAAACUAACGGAUUGGAAUUGUCAUCACUCAUUCCUGGCUCGAGUGCGUCUAGUCAAAAAUCGGACAAGUUUUCUAAAGUACGACAGUAUUCUUUGGGCGAAAUCACAUUCCUACAAGAAAUUGGUGAAGGAGCCUUCGGCAAAGUGUUCAAAGGCCAAAUACCGAACGAUAUGGGUGCAAUAAUAAUGGUUGCUAUUAAAACCCUAAAAGAGGGCGCCAGUGCCAAAACGGCAGCAGACUUCAAACGUGAAACUGACCUGAUGGGAGAACUGCGGCAUCCAAACGUUGUUUGCCUAGUAGGCAUGUGUGCACGUCCCGCUUGUCUGUUGUUCGAGUAUAUGGCCGGUGGCGAUUUGCACGAGUUCCUGAUGGCUCGCUCUCCACAUUCGCCAAAUUCUCCCGUAGCUCCACCACUCAAUCAGGCUGAUUUCAUGUACAUAGCCACCCAAAUAGCUGCAGGAAUGGAAUAUUUGUGCAGUCAUCAUUACGUACAUAGAGAUCUGGCGGCUAGAAAUUGUCUAGUCGCAGAAAAUUUAACCGUGAAGAUAUCAGACUUUGGUCUGUCCAGAGACAUCUAUUCGUCUGAUUAUUACAGGGUACAAUCAAAGUCGUUGUUGCCCGUUAGGUGGAUGCCGCCAGAAUCGAUUUUGUACGGCAAAUUUACAACUGAAUCUGACGUGUGGAGUUACGGAGUUGUGUUGUGGGAAGUUUACAGCUACGGUCUGCAGCCGUACUACGGGUAUAGCAACCAAGAGGUGAUCGAAAUGAUACGUUCGCGUCAACUGUUGCCGUGUCCACAAGAAUGUCCUUCGCGCAUGUACUCGCUCAUGAUGGAAUGUUGGCACGAAGCGCCGGUACGAAGACCCAACUUUACUGAAAUCCAUUCUCGUCUUAGACAGUGGGCGGCCAUGUCCGUUUCGUCUGCGCCCACCAUGACCUAUUCCAUGGUCCGUCCGAGCAGUCAAUCUGAUCGUACAGGAUCGUCAAACGUUUCAUCCACGUGCAGACCGGUGAACAUAUAAAUAUUUCAAAAGUGUUACGCAACUUCUUUAUGCGUGUAUACAUAUUUUUUUUAUUUAAUGUGGUGUGGCCUCUGUGACCCUACAAAACUUGACAACUUUUAGGUCAAACAUUAUCCGUUUAAAAAGCCGAUAAUGUGGUCUGGAUCAAAUUUACUCGUUUUGUCGUAAAGACUGCAACAAAAACUGUAGAAUUACUAUAUUAUUAUUAUUAUUAUUGUAUUUUUUUUUUUCAUGAUCUCGUGUAUUACAAAAACAUUGUUAAGUAAAUCAUAAUUUUGUUUGGAGGAACGAUCUGUUGUGGUAGGAGUGGUCGUACUAUGCACUUGGCCAUAUUGUGUGCAGAUAAAGAACGCUUGAGCGUUUGGAAGGUUUAAUGGCCAUUUGUUCAAAAAAGAUGAUAGUUUGUUACGGUCACAUUAUUGUGUUCCUCUUAACUUAAGUGAUUCAUUACAAGCGUCCAGCGCUCAUAUUCGUCUGAUUUUAAUUGAGUUUUUCUAACAGUUACUAAUUAUUGUUUUAUUUACUUUUUUUUUUUACAUGUACUCGUUCCAAUUUUAAAAUAUGUAUCUUCCAAUUUUUAUUUAUCCGAUCCAAACAUGAACACUGACAAUUAUUUUUAUGGACUUUAUCGAACAAAUUUAACUGGGAUUGAACGACAAAAACAAUUAAAUUUUGAAUUGCGCUGUGUCGGCCCGUAAUAUCAUAUUAUACUCUAGUUGGAUGUUGUAUUUUAAUGUAUAAUAAGUGUUUAUUAUUAUUAUUUGCUGUAAAUACACAAACUUUUGUAUGAAAUAUUUAACUGCUGAUAAUAGUUGUAGUAUAUUGUUUAUCUAAUAUUAUAAUAUUUGUAGGCUAACUAAUUAUAUUUUACAUUAACGUUAAAGUCUAACAAAACAAGUCAUAAAAUAUUGAACGUUGUGUUUUGAUUUUUAUACUAUUGUAUUUGUAACAAAUAGGACAUUGUCUAGUCUACUUAU